UUCCAGUCGAGCUAAAGAUGUCAUCAUGCCAGCAAGACCACCUGUGCACUUUUUCUCCACCCAGUCACCAGUGGUGGAUCUCUUUCUUGGUCAGCUUGACUAUGCUGAGUAUCUUCGCCAGGAAUCCGAGAUAACCUUGUAUUUCCUGUACGCUCCGUGGUGUGCGCAUUCCAUUGCCACAAGGGCAGAAAUUGAACAAGUUGCUGGUAGGCUUGCAGACCAGGCACUGUUUGUGGCUGUCAACUGCUGGUGGCACCAUGGAAAGUGCAGGAAGCAAAAAAACUUCUUCUAUUUCCCUGUAAUUCACCUGUACCAUAAAAGUUUUGGACCCAUUGAAUAUAAAGGACCAUUGACAGCAGCUUAUAUUGAGAAGUUUAUCCGGCGAGUGAUGAGUCCGGUUUUAUAUAUUUCUUCUGUGCAUAGACUAAAGGAUUUUCUAUCUACCUAUGAGCCUGGGAUAUUGGGUUACUUUGAGUUUAAUGCGUCACCUCAACCUCCAGGCUAUUUAACAUUUUUCCGGUCUGCACUGCACUCAUUACAGAAAGAUUACAUUGAAAGCAUUCGGUAUGGGGUGGUCACUGAUGGAAACCUUGCAAAGAAAAUCUCCCUCACCAAACCCGGAAGUGUUUAUUUGCACAGAAACCUAAAUACUUCUUUAGUAUACCCAGAGAAAGAAAUGAACUUCACAGCUGCAAACAUUUGCAAGUGGGCACUAGAGAGGCGAGAGACACUACUGAACUGGUUGCGACCUCAUGGUGCUAAAAGUUUACUACUGAAUAAUGAGCUGAGGAAAGGCCCUGCUCUUCUCCUCUUCAUACCCUUCAACCCUUUAGCUGAAGAACAUCCACUGCUAGAUGAGAUCAUGGAAGUUGCUCUGAAUUACAACAAUUGCACUGAAAACUGCUUUACUCAACCUACCCUUCAAGAAACUAUAGAUCCCAUGUUAAAGUCAUUCAAAUUAUUUUCAUGUUGUAACACUGUCGUCCUUCCACAGUGGCACUUUUUAGCCCAAGUUCACAAUGUGUGUGAGCUAUGUGUUAAUCAAACCAGAGGAGUCAUCCUAAGUCGAGUUGGCACUCACCACUGUAACUUCCAGGACAUUGGAGCAGCCUUAGAUUCUUUCUACCUCAAAGAACAAUACUUCCUUGGCUUUAUGUCUAGGAUGAGAGAAUGCACCAACUUUCUUAGUACAUACAGUCCCUAUUACCACUAUACUGCAUGUUGUCAGACAAUUAAUAGAGGACUUAUUGAUUCAGCUUCCAGUGCGGAGAAUGUGCCUUUUGCACUUUCUUCCCUUGGGAAGAACCAAAGUCAGAAAUCUCUAACAGUAAUGCCUCACAUUGAGGAGAAGAGACAAGUUACUCCGGGCUAUCAUAUCAGCAAUGGGGACAUUGCUGGCCUUAGGUGCAGGACCAACAAGACCUUAAAUAUGUACCUUUUGGAUUCCAAUAUAUCCUGGUUAUAUGCACAGAGACUGGGAGCUUCUGGAUCCGACCGGGAAAAGAAGUUUGCUGCUAUCAUUGAUGUGAAGGAGGAAAUUCAUUAUAUCAUAGAUCAAAGUCAACCUCUCAUCAGACCUACUCUAGAGGCUUUUAUCCAGAAUUACAGCAAGAUUUACAGCCCAUUGCAAAGGCAUCUAGUCAGUGACCCACCUACCAGGAAAUUAGGACACCAGCUCAUCACAGAAGUGACCUCCUAUACGUUUCAUCAUGUUGUUCUGGAUAUAAGAAAGGAUGUGUUGCUGUUGUUCUACACAACUUGGUGUGGCUUCUGUGCUAGUUUGACUCAUAUCUUUAUCCGUCUGGCCCAGCUACUGGCUACAGAUAGUCUCGUCAUAGCUAGGAUAAAUAUUGCUCAGAAUGAUCUUCCUUGGGAGUUUAUGGUAGACCAUGUCCCUGCUAUCAUGCUUUUCCCCAAAAAUAGGAAAGAAAACAGUGUAUUGUAUCCUGAAGGUCAGCAGAUCACCGUUUCAAACCUUUUGCAUUUUAUCUUAAAACAUACAACUCUUCCUUCCACCGCAGCGGAUCCACCCGCCUCCUGCCCCGAAUACUAUGUUCAGUACAAAGAGGAACAGGUCUCAUUUUUGGAACAAGACAUCCAAAGGCUGAGGGCAGAAAUUGAUGUUCUACACAAGGCUCAGGAUCAGCUGGCAGAACUGAUUGCAGAAGCUAGAAAAGACAGGCAGGACCUAAAAGUACAAAAGCAGAGAUUGGAACAACACAACAAAGCUCUGGAGGUACACAAGCAGCAGCUCCAGUCACUGUAUGAACAAAAAUCCAGGGAGGUGGGAACCAUGGCUGACCAGAUGAAAGAGCUAGUGGCGGCUUCUGAGCGUCUCCUGGCAGAGAACGCACUGCUCAAGUUUGUGAUGGUGUCAUUGGAAGCUAAUAAAGGGAAGGCUGAGGCAGAAAAGAAGUGUAAUAACGUUCAGGAGGGAAAUCUGCCGAGUCCUGACAAUACAGGUAUAUCUGAAGGAUUACCAGUUGGCUCCAACACAGAGGAUACACAGACAAGUGACUAUAAUAAAACAGACUGAUCUAUUUUUUUUUCUACAAAAGACAUUAGAAAUAUUUAUACUGCUUUUCUUACUGUAAAUAUAUUUUCCAGUUGAAUGAAAAGAGAAUCAACAUUUCUAUUUUUUCAGUGGCUUCUUGGUUGAAGAGUCGGUUCUAUUUUAGAAUUUUAGGGUCUCUGUGCUGGAAAAGAACCUGAUUUAUUU